AUGGCUCUUUGUUUGGCUAAUUCAUUGAUUGCUUGUGGGAAUUUUGUGCCGUACGAUCAAUUAGUUCGUUACAAGUGGUGGUAUCGGUAUGGUUAUAUGUCAUCAACUGGACAUUGCUUUGAUAUAGGUGCGGCUACGAAAAAUGCUAUUCAAGAAUUUGAAAAAAGACAAAGAAAAUUUGCGAAAUACUGGAAUAUUUCGUAUGAAGAGAUGGAUAAUACCUUGAGUUCUGAACUUCUUCAAGCGUUUGACGUGAAUUGCAGUAAAGAAGGAGUGGCCGGUAAUGGUGCUCUUAUGCGUUUAGCACCUGUACCGCUUUUCUUUUAUCGAAUUCCUGAAAAAGCUGUCGAAUAUUCAGGUGAAAGUGGUCGAAUUACUCAUGGAGAUGACAAAGCAUACGAUGCAUGUCGUUAUUACGGUGCUCUUAUUGUCGCUGCACUUCGUGGUGCAUUAAAAGACGAAUUGAUCAGCGAUAAAUUUUAUGAGGAUCAUAAACAAUGGUUCGGUAAAAAGCCGCUUCAUACGGACAUCUUAAAGAUUGCUCAAGGUUCGUACAAAAAAUCCGGUGGGUAUAAUGAAGGAAUUCGAGGUAAAGGCUAUGUGGUUAGUGCACUGGAAGCUGCUUUGUGGGCAUUUUGGAGUGACAAUAAUUCGUUCGAGAAAGGUGCUCUUAAGGCUGUUAAUCUGGGCGACGAUACCGAUACGACAGCAGCCAUCUAUGGACAAUUAGCCGGCGCUGUCUAUGGAUAUCAGAAUCUACCUAACAAAUGGUGCAAACGUGUCUAUGCGAAGAAUUUCAUCUGUCAUGUUAGUAACUGGAUCGUUUGCGAAGGGCGUUCAUCUGAUCAUCCGGAAAUGUCAUGUGAAGAAGGUUGGUCAAUUUCGAAAAAAUCAUGGGAUCGUCUUCUAGAAUAUACGCACAAAAGUCUUUCACCAUACUUUAUUCGCCAAGAAUGCAACAAGGUUAGUAUUUUAUCAUCGAUGUAA